AUGCCUUUUGGAACUCUCUCCGUGACCGCCAAUGGCGUCCCUCAAUUCGCUCCUCCAUAUAAGACGAACAUCCAGCAUUUCACCGAUGUCACCCUCCUCAAGAUCGCCUACCGCGUCACCUCCGCCAGUAUCCGUCAUUUGGUACCAGAUGUGCUCGAGCUAGAAGAUGAACCAUUGGUUUAUGCCAUGUUAGUCGACUAUGGCAUGAGCACCGUCGGCACAUACAAAGAGUAUAUCCACAAUGUCGAAGUGACAUACAAAGGCAAAACCUACGACUACUCUCUCUCUUUAAUUCUAAACAACGAAUCCGCCAUCCUCUGCGGCCGUGAGCAAUACGGCUACCCCAAGCGUUUCGGAUACGUUUCCCUCAACAUGGAUACUAGUUCACACAUAUUCCAGGGCCAUGUCGAGAGACCGGUAGGACAGAAGAUUGUCAACUUCAAUUUUGCACCCUCGAGUCUCCUUCCUGCUACGGACCAGAAUAUCAACGCAUUGAAUCUUCGCGUCAUUCCCUCGCCGCUGGCAAACCAGCUACCAUCGGUUAAAGAGCUGGUUCCCACCGUCAUGGAAAUCAAGACGAAAGAGGUCUGGCUUGGGUCUGGGUCUGUCUCUUUUCCGGAACCUUCUCCGUUCAAUCCUCUGCAUGAAUUGGAAAUUCUCCGCUACGAGCCGGCUGUGCUGGUUCGUGGAGCGACGUGUGUGCUUAACCAGGCUACAGAGGUUUUCCAGUUAUAG